GUUGAGUGGGAGGGGGGUGAGUGACUUGGAAGCGGCCAUCGUGGUGAGAGAGACCCAGAGCAGCAGACGCGUGCCACCCGCCGCCACCCACCGCCACACAAUGUACCGCUGCCGCGCCGUGUGCGAGAGGAUCGCCCCCGUAGCGCGAUCCUCCUGCUCCUCCUCCUCGUCGUCGUCCUGCUGCUGGAGGCUCGCGUCGCGGAACGUCGGCCGCAAUGUGUCGAGCCUGGCGAGGAGGCAGGGCGAGGGCUUUGCUCAGCUGCGUGCCACCCGAGCCAUGUCCACCGGCGGCGUCCCCGGUGGAAGCCUGACAAAUGUGCUCAUGUAUGGCACCAUGGGGCUCUCCGGGAUCGCAUCCGUUCUCUACGCAUACAACAUCCUGCACGGAGAUGCCAGCAGAUACCGGGAUACGCUUACUUACCUAAACAAGAAGCAGAAUGAGCAGGAGUGGAAACCGAAGCAGUGGCCCCCCGCUGAGGAAGAAGAGGGUGCUGAAGAUGAAACAGUCACAGAGGACACCUCUGAAGCAGACACUGAGUCACCUGACGAAGGGGCAAGUACUGUCUCCCAGGCAGAAGCUGAAGACAGUAAAGCCGAUGAGGCCACAGAUACCAAGCCACCGGCCCUCGAGGCAGAAGCGCCAGCCACAGAGGCCUCUGCUGUUGAACCAGAGGCCCCGUCCACUCAGGAAAAGGUGGCGGUCACCCAGGAAGAGGCCCCUGCUGGGGAGGAGGCCAGCGUUGUGCCUGAAGACAAACUGGAAGAGGGUCAGGCACCCGAGGAGGCGACGGAGAGUGCGGUGAAGGUUGUGCCAGUGCACUUGCGGCCAGCCAUCCCGGAGCACGUGACCUACCUGCUCAUCGGGGGCGGCACGGCCGCCUUUGCCGCGGCACGUGCCAUUCGUGCCAAGGAGCCUGCAGCUCAGGUGUUGAUCGUCACAGAAGAGUUGGAAUUGCCUUACAUGCGGCCGCCGCUCUCCAAGGAGCUGUGGUUCUCCAGCGACUCCAACGUAGCCGACACGCUCAAGUUCAAGCAAUGGAACGACAAGGAGAGGAGCAUUUAUUUCCAGCCAGCUUCGUUCUACGUCACUGCACGUGACCUGCCAUACCAGGACGGAGGAGGGGUCGCCGUUCUCAAGGGCACAAAGGUGCUGAAGCUGAACAUCCGGGAGAACAAGGUGAAGCUGAGCAAUGGCAACGAGAUCAAAUACGACAAGUGCCUCAUCGCGACGGGUGGCACGCCCCGCAACAUCUCCGCCGUGCAGAAGGCGGGCGAGGACGUGCAGAAGAAGACAACGCUCUUCCGGAAGAUCGAGGACUUCAAGGCUCUGGAGAAGGUGUCUCGGGAGGUCAAGUCCAUCGCUAUCGUGGGCGGCGGGUUCCUGGGUAGCGAGCUCGCGUGCGCUCUCGGUCGUAAAGUCAAGGAUGGCCUGGAGGUGAUCCAGUUGUACCCAGAGAAGGGCAACAUGGGGAAGGUCCUUCCCGAGUACCUGAGCAACUGGACAACGCAGAAAGUGCGCAACGAGGGCGUGAAGGUGAUGCCCGAGACGGUGGUGCGCUCUGCUCGGAGUGAGGACGGUCGUGUGCACCUCAAGCUCGCCGACGGCCAAACGGUGACCACAGACCACGUGGUGGUGGCCGUGGGGCUGGAGCCCAACGUGGAUCUGGCCAAGACGUCGGCGCUGGAGGUGGACCCGGACUUUGGUGGUUUCCGGGUGAACGCUGAGCUGCAGGCCUGCUCCAACGUGUGGGUGGCCGGUGAUGCCGCCUGCUUCUACGACAUCAAGCUGGGCCGGCGGCGCGUAGAGCACCAUGACCACGCCGUGGUGAGCGGCCGCCUCGCCGGGGAGAACAUGACCGGCGGCGCCAAGCCCUACUGGCACCAGUCCAUGUUCUGGAGUGACCUGGGCCCGGAGGUCGGCUACGAGGCCAUCGGCAUCGUGGAUAGCAGCUUGCCGACAGUCGGAGUGUUCGCCAAAGCCAGCGCCAAGGACACCCCCAAGGCGGCGUCCGAAGCCUCAGGCACGAACAUCCGCUCGGAGAGCGAGACAGAAGCUGUGGCCACGAGCCUCAAGCCAACGGCCACCGCUGCCCCCUCGGCCGCCACCCCCAAGCCCGCCGUGCCCCAGCCCCCGCAGGCGGGUGACGACUACGGCAAGGGCGUGGUGUUCUACCUGCGCGGGGACGUGGUCGUUGGCAUCGUGCUGUGGAACAUCUUCAAUCGCAUGCCAAUCGCGCGCAAGAUCAUCAAGGAUGGGCAAGUGCAUGAAGAUUUGAACGAAGUGGCGAAACUGUUCAACAUCCACGAAGAGUAAGGGCAAUCCACCCAGCAAUGCCUCCACGUCCCGCCUGCAUCGGCAAAGCGAGAGAUGUUUUGGUAGAAGAGAGGGAGCAGAGGGCAAUGGGUAGGGGAAUGAAAGUGUGCGAGCAAGAUUUUGGUGGCCGCGGACAACACUGGCUGCAUUUAAAGUCCUAAGAGCGCGGCUUGACAUUGAACCAGCAGCUAUGAACGAGAAAUGUAUUUUUAUAUUAUAAAUUAAAAUUGCACCUUGUAACUUUUUGUGGUGUUUGGUUGCACGCCAUUGUGAUAUAAGUUAUAAUGCCACGGGUUGCUCCCUGUUCUUAUAUCAGAAGCUUCAGAACAACUUUCAGGUGAACUUGUAGUCAGGAAAGUGGCGUCGGUGCUGGGUGCUUGACGGCGAUGAUGAACGUGUGUCGGUUUCUAAUGUCCCGUCUGUGGUGAAAUCGCCUGGAUGAAGGAAAAUGAUAAAAUCCCCAAAAAUAUCUAGAAAUGUAUUGGUCGUAGAAAAAAAGCACUUGAGACUAUUUUUCUGAGAAUUUAUAAUUGUAUAUAAAGUUCUUGCGUCUGGAAAUCUGGUUGUCAUGAAUCGCUCUCUUAGGACAGUGGCAACACCGGAGGACGUAACUGAGCCUGCAUCCCAGCGUUCUGCUGCUGGGGCUGUUGUCUAAUUGUGAAAAUAAAAAAUGUUUCCAUCAAAUAUGCUUUCAAAUAAAGUAUUGUGUCAAUUGCCA